CUUCGACACACGGAAGCCAUCAUUCCAAUAUCCAGCAGUUUGUCUAUCAACCCGUCCGCAUCAUGGAUCCCAACGGCACAACCGACAGCAAGUACGUGACUCUGGUCUCGAGUGAUGGCUACGAGUUUGUCGUCUUGCGGGACGCCGCCAUGAUCAGCCCUGCCAUCAAAGGCAUGUUGGACACGCGCAACAACUUCCGUGAGGCUGCUCUGGGUCGCUGCGUGUUUGAAGAGAUCAGUGGCGUUGUGCUCGAGAAAGUUUGCGAGUAUUUCCAAUACUGGUACCGCUACCGCGAGCGGGAGGACGUUCCUGACAUGGACAUUCCUGUCGAGCUGUGCCUGGAACUGCUGGUCGCGGCCGACUUCCUGGGCCUGGACAAGCAAAACACCGGCACUGUCUAAAUGACGUUUGAUGACCACUUGCAUUUUGGCUUCAUUGUUCAUGACGGAGUUUGGGGCGUUGAGCGUUCAGGGUGGUACAACCAGACACGAUACCAUUGCUAUGACACCAUGACGAAAUCCCAUGCCAAGAAAGGCAUGUUUUCUGUUCUUUGCCAUGAUCUUCCUCUCGAUUGUGACCCACGCUAUCACCCCAUAUGUGAAAUACCAACCCCC